GCCUACAAAGAAUUUUCAAAAGACACUGGGUUAAAUUAACUGCAGAGAGAGUGGGGAACAUUGUCUGGAACUAUGGCCACAGAGAGCCUUGUUGAACUCCGUGAUUGGUUGUUCCUACUUCUCCUGUGUCUGACAUUAUUGGUCGAAGUCCUCGAGUUUGCUGCAGCAACGGCUGCUGCUGCUGAGGCGGCUCUUGGGGAGGUGGAGCUUCAGGGAGACGUGCCAUGUCCCUCUGCUUGCAGGUGUGAUGAUGGCUUCAUUUACUGCAAUGACCGUGGCUUGAGUAUCAUCCCUCCAUUACCACUAACUGCAGCCGUGCUCUACCUACAAAACAACCGCAUUGACAAUGCUGGGCUACCGACAUCCUUAGAGCGACGAAUGACUGUCAGAGUAGUUUACCUUUAUGAUAAUGAACUGGAUGAUUUUCCAACACAUCUGCCUCCGUCCCUACGGGAACUUCACCUCCAGGACAAUAAUAUACGAACUUUACCCCGUGCUGCUCUUGCACGUCUCCCCCUGCUGGAGAAGCUUCACAUGGAUGACAAUUCCGUUUCGACCGUAAGUAUCGAAGACAAAGCAUUCGCCAAUAAUCCAAGGCUGCGCCUUCUUUUCUUGUCACGCAACCACCUCUCAAGUAUACCAUCGGGACUGCCCGCCUCACUUGAGGAACUCCGGCUAGACGACAAUCGAAUUUCAACUAUUCCAACACAUGCAUUUAGAGGACUCUCAUCUCUAAGACGUCUCUUCCUCGAUGGCAAUCUAUUGGCGAAUCAACGAAUCGCGGAUGACACAUUCUCACGGCUAUCUAAUCUGACAGAGCUCUCUCUGGUUCGUAACUCGCUCCAGGCACCACCCUUAAAUCUUCCAAGCAUGCAUCUUCUUCGGCUCAAUCUACAGGACAAUGCCAUAGCCCACAUGCCACAAAGUUCCCUGGACCGCAUGCGAAGACUACAGAAACUGGACUUAUCAGGCAACAAUUUAACGACUCUUCCAAGAGGUUUGUUCAAGGACCAAGACAGUCUUUCACAGUUACUUGUUCGAGGAAAUCCCUGGCAUUGUGGCUGUAACCUCCGUUGGCUUCAUGACUGGUUGCAUGAGCGAGGUUCAUCAGUGACUGUGAGAGGUUUAACUUGCCAUGGACCAGAGAGAGUAAGAGGCAUGUCACUAAGGGACCUUACCAGUCAACUGGAAGACUGUGAGAACAGUGUUGAUGGUGCUGGAGGGAUGGUUGGAAAUGAUGGAGCAAAAAAAGAUAAAGGCAGUUUUCCAAUACAAGCACAAGCUACAACAACCUCUCCACUUCCCCAGGGGUCUCUUUAUACCCUCAGAUCCAGACGACCAGUACACAAGUAUCCUGAUAUGGGACAGGAUGGUCUUGGAGGUGGAAGUAGCGUCGCUGGUAAAUCAUUAUUAAUCAGUGUGAAACCUCUCUCACCAGAGACAGUCCAUGUUACCUGGCAGGCUGCACAACCGGUUCCUUCCUUCAGGCUUUCCUGGCUGCGACUGGGCAACAAUCCUGCAAUGGGCUCUAUCACAGAAACACUUGUGCCAGGGGAUCGCCGUGAGUAUUUACUCACACAGUUACAGCCCCAGUCAAGCUAUAUUAUAUGCUUGCUGCCUCUCUCUGCAAAUGAUGGUAAAAGAACCUCCUUCACGGCAACGGGAGGGUUUAACAUAAAUACAAACUCAGAACAUGAGCAUCCUGCUUGUGCCAAAACGGAGACAGAUGCCCUACAGCAGCCAAUUUCAGACCAGGAUAGUGAUCAAGGAGCUGACCAACUGUCAGCCCUACCACUUGCUGGAAUUAUUGGAGGUGCAACAGCAUUGGUGUCUUUGUUCUUAAUUUUUGGCAUCUUUUGUUGGUAUGGACACCGUGCAGGGUACCUUGAACCAGUUGACAAUUCCAUAUACGGGAGAGAUCUUGUUGGAUCACGAGGUGCCAGCAAACAUUAUGAUGACUAUACACAAUCUGGAACAAUAAAAGACACCUCGAUCUUAGAAAUCAGAGCUCACGGUUUUCAAAUGACACCAAUGCCUGCCCAACAGCCUUUGCAGCCCAAGGCAAAAGUUGAGGACAUGACAUACAUCCAUACUAUAUUUCCCCCUAAUAAUACAACUCUUUAUAGAAGCACUAUGAACCACACAGGAAAUCCAGGCUAUGGAACAAAUCGAGGGUACAGAGAAGGGGGAAUACCAGACAUAGAUUACUCCUACACGUGA